AAUUAAUUGGGAGUCUAUUUCGCGAUUUGACUGGGAAUUCCAUGGUUCUAGAUUCGUUAAAAAGAACACAGCGAUCAGGUAGCAUCACAACCAGCCAUUUCCAGCUUCAACAUGAACGCUACAUUCGUUCUUCUGCUGUCGUCCCUUCUGAUGGGAACCAGCUUUCUGCAAGAGGUUUCCGAACCUGAUCCUCCUAAACCUAAAAGUGAAGCCAGCACCUAUUUAUCAAACCACCCACUUCUGACAGGGGCGGCGUCCGUCCGAGGAGGUUGUGCCGACCAACGGCCCCCUCCCAGGGGUCAGUAUCAUGAAGAAGAAGACGGCAUCGUGGACGGUUACCCUUUCGGUCGACCCAGGAGAAGACCCCAAGCGCCCCAUCCCAGUGACAUGUCUUACGAUGAAAAGGAGGAGUGUUUGGUUCGCUUUGGACUCCAUUACUCCAGCUGUUUUUCCAAAUACAAGGACUUCGAUGAUAAAUUUGACGAACUACAACAUCACGUCCAGUCUCUACCUCGUGGUGGCGACGGUGGGUCCGGUAGCCCUUGCAGCACGCUGCAACUCCUAGCCAAAGUGAAGUCGUCGCCGAUCUUCGACCGCUGUCAUGGUAACCAGUAUCUUCUACGUACACCGUACCACAUGUACAACGUAAAAGGCGAAUUGCGUUACAUCGUUCAAGAUCCCCCUCACCUGGAACAGUGUUACUUAGAAGCCGCCUGCAG